AUCGGGGGGGAAGCGGCGGCCGCGAUCGUUCCACGCACCCGGGACCGCCCCCCCCCCCCUCCCUCCCAGGGACCCCCGGGGACACCCCCCCGCCCAACUUGGGGACAACACCACCCCCCCCUCCCCGCGGCCGCCCCGGACACUCCCCGGCCCGGGGUCCCCCCAACCGGGGGUCCCCCCGGAGCCGCCCCCCCAUGGAGAACUUCCAGAAGGUGGAGAAGAUCGGGGAGGGCACGUACGGGGUCGUGUACAAGGCCCGGAACAAGGUGACGGGGGAGGUGGUGGCGCUGAAGAAGAUCCGGCUGGACACGGAAACCGAGGGUGUCCCCAGCACCGCCAUCCGGGAGAUCUCGCUGCUCAAGGAGCUUAAUCACCCCAAUAUCGUCAAGCUGCUGGACGUGAUCCACACGGAGAACAAGCUCUACCUGGUCUUCGAGUUCCUGCACCAGGACCUGAAGAAGUUCAUGGACUCGGCCUCCAUCAGCGGCAUCGCGCUGCCCCUCAUCAAGAGCUACCUGUUCCAGCUGCUGCAGGGGCUGGCGUUCUGCCACGCUCACCGCGUGCUGCACCGCGACCUCAAGCCCCAGAACCUGCUCAUCAACGCCGACGGCGCCAUCAAGCUGGCGGAUUUCGGGCUGGCCCGCGCCUUCGGGGUGCCCGUGCGCACCUACACCCACGAGGUGGUGACGCUUUGGUACCGAGCCCCCGAGAUCCUGCUGGGCUGCAAGUACUACUCGACAGCUGUUGACAUCUGGAGCUUGGGCUGCAUCUUUGCCGAGAUGAUCACCCGCCGCGCGCUGUUCCCGGGGGACUCGGAGAUCGACCAGCUGUUCCGCAUCUUCCGCACGCUGGGGACGCCGGACGAGGCCGCCUGGCCCGGGGUCACCGCCAUGCCCGACUACAAGCCCAGCUUCCCCAAGUGGGCCCGGCAGGACUUCGGCAAAGUCGUGCCCCCCCUGGACGAGGAGGGGCGGAAGCUGCUGGCGCAAAUGCUGCACUACGACCCCAACAAGCGCAUCUCGGCCAAGGCGGCGCUGGGACACCCCUUCUUCCGCGAUGUCACCAGGGCUGUCCCCCACCUGCGGCUCUGAGCGUCACCCCCCCCCCCCCCCCCCACCCUGUAUGAGGGGGUCCCAGCUCACUCUGUGCCCCCAUCGCUGCGCUGGGAGAGGUGACGGCUGUCCUGGGGGGCUCGGGACCCUCCCCACACCCCAACCCGGGAUAGGGUGUGGGGACCCCCCCCCCGCCACAGCGAGGUGCCCCCCCCCGCCUCGCCUGGACUUUCGGCACUUACAGCCCCCCGGGGGGGCCCUGGGAGCGGCGCUUUGGGGGGGGGGUGAGCACCUUUGUCCCCCCAUCCUCCUCCUAUUAUUGGGGGGUCGAUGGGGGGGUCCCCUGCAGCGCCCCCCCCGCGGUUUCUUCGAUUUUUUGUAACUUCUGCAAUUUUGUACCCAA